CGACACCCCUCCUUCCUCAGUUCCUUGCAAGUUGUAAGAGUUGAAAGAUUAUCGCUGCUGCUGCUGCUGCUGCUGCACUACUGCUUCGUUAAUGGUGAGAGAGAUGACAAUAUUCCGGUAUCUGCUGCAUCCUUUACUCCUUGCUAAACCCCUCAUUUCUUCCACUUCUUCCCCUUUCUGCACAGUCUUCUCUCUCCAGAAUUCUCCGCACUUUUCAUUUCCCAUUAAUCGAAGACGUCAGCAAUAUUCUCACGCAUUCUCAGUUGAAAGUAGAAGACUAGCAUCAUCAGAUUCGUCAUCUUCAACCAAUGUUCCCACUGACUCCUUUCCCAAGUUUUCUGAGUUAGAUGAUGUUUUGAAGGGCUAUAUGUUUGGCCAGAAAAAGGCAACCGAAGUUGCUCAUUUGGUAUGGAAACUUGUGGUUCAAAAGGGUGAUACAGUUGUUGAUGCUACUUGUGGUAAUGGCAAUGAUACCGUGGCAUUGGCCAAGUUGGUUGUAGAUGAUUUCGCUAAAGGGUGCGUAUAUGGGAUGGAUGUUCAGGAAGAUGCUAUACAGAAUACUUCGUCCUUACUUAACCUGUCACUCGAUCCAAACCAGAGAAAGUGUGUGAAGCUAUAUUCAAUCUGUCACAGUAGAAUGGUGGAUGUGAUUCCUGAGAAUAGCUCUGUGAGGCUUGUCGCGUUCAAUUUGGGAUACCUUCCCGGAGGUGACAAGGGAAUAAUCACAAACUCGGCUACAACCCUGCUGGCACUCAAAGCAGCAAAGGAAUUGUUACUUCCUGGUGGAGUUAUUAGUGUUGUUGCUUAUGUUGGCCACCCUGGUGGAAGGGAAGAAUAUGAAACUGUGCAAGCUUUUGCUUCUGAGUUACCGGCAGAAAGAUGGGUAUGCAGCCAAAUUCAGAUGUUAAACAAACCACUUGCACCAGUUCUUGUAUUUUUGUUUAAGAGAUGAAGCAAUAAUGAUAAUGAGAUCUUCUAAACUAUUUGGAAACCCAAUUUUGCAGAAGUGCUCUAAAAUUUCAAUGCUUGUAUCAUCUGAUUUGAGCCCAUUUAACAAUCUGCUGCUGCGCUUGUAUCCUACUUUGUAUAUAGAUAAUAGACUCAAUAUGCUCUAGCCUUAUCUUUAUUAAAUUUUCUGCUUCGGUCAAUGGUUCGCCUGCUGAAUGAGGCAGGCUUUGUUUAAGACUUUUAGCCAUUGAUGAUGAAUCUUGUAGAAUUGCCUCUAUAUGUAUUGUUCUGCCAAAACUGAUAAUUCUUACACUUAUUUUCAGUGCAAUGUUUUUAAUUUCGCGUUUGUUGA